UGUUAAUCAUUAUUUUAGAAUUAUUAUGUUGUCAGCAAAAACAAAAACUAUAAAGGUCUGUCCUUUUCUUGCAUUCUUCACAAACCACCAGCCAUGAGAGCUGUUGUGCUUGCCUUGACUCUAGCCUUUGUGGCGAGUCAACAGAUUAACCUUGUUCCAGAGUUUGCCCUCGAUAAGACCUAUGUGUACAACUAUGAGGCUCUACUCUUGGGUGGUCUUCCUCAAGAAGGUCUGGCUAGAGCAGGUAUAAAAGUCAACAGCAAGGUUCACCUCAGUGCCGUCACUGAGAACACCUUCUUGAUGAAGCUCAUGGACCCUCUAAUCUACGAGUAUGCUGGUAUUUGGCCCAAGGAUCCAUUUGUUCCUGCCACUAAGCUCACCUCAGCACUGGCUGCUCAGCUUCAGAUUCCCAUCAAGUUUGAGUAUACUAAUGGUGUGGUUGGAAAGGUAUUUGCCCCUGCAGGAGUCUCCCCUACUGUAUUGAACUUACACAGAGGUAUCCUCAACAUCCUUCAGCUCAACCUCAAGAAGACACAGAACAUCUAUGAGCUGCAAGAGGCUGGAGCUCAGGGAGUGUGCAGGACACACUAUGUCAUAAAUGAGGAUCCAAAGUCAAACCACAUUACUGUCACCAAGUCUAAGGAUCUGAGCCACUGCCAGGAGAGAAUCAUGAAGGACAUUGGCUUGGCAUACACUGAGAGGUGUUCUGAAUGCACAAAGAGGGUCAAGAGUCUGAUUGAAAUGGCAACUUACAACUACAUCAUGAAACCGUCUUCCACUGGUGCACUGAUCACUGAGGCUACAGUUGAGGAAGUGCAUCAGUUCUCACCCUUCAAUGAGAUCCAUGGUGCAGCAAUGAUGGAAGCAAAACAAAGGUUGGCUUUUGUUGAGAUUGAAAAGACCCCUGUUGUUCCAAACAAAGAUGAUUACUUGGCUCGUGGAUCCCUGCAAUAUGAGUUUGCAACUGAGAUUCUUCAGACCCCCAUACAACUCAUAAAGAUCAGCAAUGCACCAGUGCAGAUUGUGGAGGUGCUGAAGCACUUGGUUGUGAACAAUGUGGCCAUGGUCCAUGACGACGCUCCACUUAAGUUUGUUCAGCUCAUCCAGCUCCUGCGUGUUUCCACCCUGGAGAAUAUUGAGGCUAUCUGGACUCAGUUUAAGAAUGAACCAGCUUACAGGCGCUGGAUUCUAGAUGCUCUUCCUGCUGUUGGCACACCAGUCAUUGUAAAAUUCAUCAAGGAGAAGUUCCUGGCUGGUGAACUUACCCUUCCAGAGUUCAUUCAGGCUCUUGUGGUUGCUCUGCAAAUGAUCACUGCUGAUUUGGACACCAUCCAGUUGACUGCUAGUUUGGCUAUGCAUGAGAAAAUCGCCAAAAUCCCAGCUCUGCGUGAAGUUGUAAUGCUUGGAUAUGGUUCCAUGAUUGCCAGGCACUGUGUUGCAGUUCCCACUUGCUCUGCUGAGCUCCUCAGGCCCAUCCAUGAGAUUGCUGCAGAGGCAACUUCUAAGAAUGAUAUUCAUGAAAUCACUUUGGCUCUUAAAGUUCUGGGCAAUGCUGGUCACCCUGCUAGUCUUAAACCCAUCAUGAAGCUCCUGCCUGGACUGAGAACUGCAGCUACAUCUCUGCCCCUUAGAGUCCAGGUUGAUGCCAUCUUGGCCCUGAGGAACAUUGCCAAGAAAGAACCCAAACUGGUUCAGCCAGUGGCCCUGCAGCUUGUUUUGGAUAGAGCUCUCCACCCAGAAGUGCGCAUGGUUGCUUGUAUUGUGUUGUUUGAAACCAAGCCCUCAGUGGCUCUCAUGUCAAGUCUUGCUGGUUCUUUAAAGACUGAAACUAACAUGCAGGUUGCAAGCUUUACCUAUUCCCACAUCAAGUCAUUGACCAGAAUCACUGCUCCUGAUAUGGCAGCUGUUGCUGGUGCAGCUCAUGUUGCUAUCAAGCUUUUGAGUCACAAGCUGGACAGGCUUAGUUUCCGUUUCAGCAGAGCUCUUAAGUUUGACAUCUAUCAAUCUCCUCUUAUGAUUGGAGCUGCUGGCAGUGCCUACAUGAUCAAUGAUGCUGCCACCAUCCUGCCCAGAGCUGUUGUAGCUAAAGCACGUGCUUAUCUGGCUGGAGCUGCUGCUGAUGUUCUUGAGAUUGGUGUGAGAACUGAAGGAAUCCAGGAGGCUCUUCUGAAAUCUCCUGCUGCAGAUGAAAGUGUUGACCGUAUCACAAAGAUUAAGCGCACCCUGAGAGCACUCAUAAAUUGGAAGGCUCUCCCAACCAGUCAGCCACUGGCUUCAGCCUAUGUCAAACUGUUUGGACAGGAGGUGGCUUUUGCCAGAAUUGACAGGGCCAUCAUUGAACAAGCAAUAUCGCUUGCCACUGGACCCAAAUCACAUGAAUUGUUGAAGGCGGCUCUUAAAGCUUUGCAGGAAGGAACUGCCUUGCAGUAUGCCAAACCCCUGCUUGCAGCUGAAGUGCGUCGUAUCUUGCCAACAGCAGUUGGUUUGCCCAUGGAGCUCAGUUUGUACACUGCUGCUGUUGCUGCUGCAUCCAUCAAUAUUCAGGCCACCAUUACACCACCUCUCCCGGAGGAGAUUGAGACCAUGACUCUUGAGCAGCUGAAGAAGACUGAUGUUCAACUCCAAGCUGAAGCUAGACCAAGUAUUGCUCUCCAGACCUUUGCUGUGAUGGGAGUGAACACUGCCUUGAUCCAAGCUGCUGUUAUGGCGAGAGGAAAGAUCCGUACAAUUGCACCUGGAAAAGUGGCUGCAAGAGCAGACAUUCUCAAGGGCAACUACAAGGUGGAGGCUCUGCCUGUUGAGGUCCCUGAACAUAUUGCUGCUGUGAGCUUUGAGACUCUUGCUGUGGCCAGAAAUAUCGAAGAUCCUACUGCUGAGAGGAUUGUUCCAUUGGUACCGGAGUUGUCACUGCAAAACCGUCAGACACAUCUUGCUGGAUCGUCCUCUGAGAUCCUUGAUCCUGAGAUGCCACAUGAUGCUCCUUUGAGAGCUCCUGCUCCAUUUGACAAGACUCUCUGCCUUGCUGUCCCAUAUAUUGGAAUCAAGGGAUGUGUGGAGGUGCACUCUCACAAUGCUGCUUUUAUCAGAAAUGAUCCUCUGUACUACAUAAUUGGACAACACUCAGCCCGUGCUACAGUGUCAAGAGCGGAAGGUCCUGCUGUUGAAAGACUGGAGCUUGAAGUCCAAGUUGGUCCUAGAGCUGCCGAGAGGCUCCUUAAGCAAAUCAGUCUCAUUGAUGAGGAGACUCCAGAAGGAAAGGCCUUCUUGUUGAAAUUGAGGGAAAUCCUGGAGACUGAAGAUAAAAACAGGCCCGUCUCUUCUGAAAGCAACAGCAACAGCAGCAGCAGCAGCAGCAGUUCAGGUUCUUCCAUGUCCAGCUCUCGUGUGACUAAGGCUGCCAAUACCAUGCACCCCUUCAAGAAAUUCCACAAAGAUCAGUACAUGGUACACCAUGGAUCCUCAAAGGCAGUUAGCAGUGGAAGCACUGCAUCUAGUUUUGAGCGUAUCCAGAAACAGGCUAAAUAUCUUGGGAAUGCUGUUCCACCUGUUUUUGCUAUCAUUGCCCGUGCUGUUAGAGUAGAUCACAAGUUGUUGGGUUACCAGCUUGCAGCUUUCUUUGACAAACCAACUGCAAGGGUGCAGCUCAUUGUUUCUUCCAUCGCUGAAAAUGACAACUGGAAGUUGUGUGCUGAUGGUGUCCUGCUGAGCAAGCACAAAGUCACUACCAAGGUUGCCUGGGGUACAGAGUGUCAACAAUAUGCAGUCAUUACUAAAGCUGAAGCUGGGAUCCUUGGAGAAUUCCCUGCUGUCCGUCUAGAGUUGGAAUGGGAGAUGCUUCCAAUUUUAAUCACCAACUAUGCCAAAAAGCUGUCUAAGCAUAUUCCUAUGGCAGCAUUACAGACAGGGUUCAGGUUUGAAAGAGCCAAAAACAGUGAGAAAGAGAUUGAACUGACUGUGGCCUUGCCCAGUAAAAGGUCUCUGAAUGUCAUAGUAAGGGUUCCAGAGAUGACACUGUCAAGGAUGGCUAUUCCUCUCCCUGUCACUAUACCCAUCAAUCCUGAUGGAACUCUUUCUGUUCAUAUUGAUCAAGACAUUCUGUUCAGAGUCCAGAACUAUAUCUAUGAUUACACCACAGCACAAUGCAGCAUGAUGCAGGACACAAUCACUACGUUCAACAACAGGAGGUACAAGAACGAAAUGCCCAUUUCUUGCUACCAAGUCUUGGCUCAGGACUGCACACCUGAGCUGAAAUUCGUUGUUCUCUUGAAGAAGGAUCAGGAGUCUGAAAAAAACCACCUGAACAUUAAACUUGCUGACAUCAAUGUCGACCUGUAUGCUUUGGGCACCCAUGCAAAAGUUAAAAUUAAUGAAAUGGAAGUGCCCAUCAGCAGCCUUCCCUACCAGCAUCCCUCAGGCUCCAUCCAGAUCCGGGAGAAGGCUGAUGGUUUGUCACUUUAUGCUUCUGGUCAUGGGCUUCAGGAAGUCUACUUUGCCAGUGGUCAUUGGAAGAUCCAAGUUGCAGACUGGAUGAAAGGACGGACUUGUGGACUCUGUGGAAAGGCUGAUGGAGAGAUCAGACAGGAGUACACCACACCCAGUGGAUACCUGACCAAGAGUUCAGUCAGCUUUGCCCACUCAUGGGUGCUUCCUGCUGAAAGCUGCCGUGAUGCCAGCCAAUGCCGCAUGAAACUUGAAUCUGUGAAGCUGGAGAAGCAGGUGAUAUUGAAUGGCCAGGAAUCUAAAUGCUACUCUGUUGAGCCUGUGCUGCGCUGUCUGCCAGGCUGUGCACCAAUCAGAACCACUCCUGUCACUAUUGGAUACCACUGCCUUUCCACACUCUCUAACCUCAACAUGCUUGAUGGAAUCUAUGAAAAGAGUGUAGACUUGAGAGAGACUACAGAUGCUCAUGUGGCCUGUCGCUGCAGUGAACAGUGUGCUUAAACCCACUUCUUAGCUCAGUAGUACCUAAUACAACACUUUUUGAAGCUGCUGUAAAAUAAUGCCUCAUUUUCAAUAAAUGUGAACAAGCAUUCUGAAAA